AUGCCUCCACCGAAAGACCCAAUUGCUCUCACUAUGACCACUCACAAUGAGUCAAUGGCCGAUGUCCUUCUGACAUACCUGGUGGAGAUGGCAGAUGAGGACAAUGUGACAAUGUUGUCAUUGGGCAAUGGUAAAACCAAGAUCAAGGUUCCAGUGAAAUGCAUCAAUCUCCUUGCGGUCACCAUGUGUGUGCUAGAGGUGUUUGGGCAUACCACCAAUGUCUUGAUUGACCACCCUGAGAUACCAGUCAACAAUCCUGAUGUUCAGUUUUACCUUGCCCUCGUUUCAUACAUUGCUUCAGUCAUCACCACGUUCAUUCACAAAGUUGAGGAUGAUGGUGCCAAGGCCACCAAAUCAAAUUGGUGGUCAGCAGCUCUUGACUAUCACAUCACACUGAUAUUAGAAAACAGCGCAUUUGCCUCGACAUACCAGCGAGUUGCUGAGCAGAAGAUGAACUGCACUUGGGCUGAUUUCAGAGUGAAGAAGUAUUACAAGAGAAUCAAAUUGAUGACACAUCAAAGUCUGCACAAGGCAUUGUGUUCAGAUGGCGAUGAUUUGUGUGGUGGGCCUUUUGUGCACAAGUGCAGCAUUGAUGAAGUGAUCAAGGUGGCGAUUGUGGAUAUUGAUGCCAUGAGAGCCACAGCAGCAUCAAGCUCUGUCACAGAGCCAGCAGUCAUCGAUGCCAGGCAUUGGUAUCAACUACAAAAUCUGAGAAAAAGUCAAAACCAUGGGGUGACCAUGUACAUUGCAUGUCGGCCAGUAUGGGACCUCAACUUGAAUUUUGUCAAUAAACCUUGGAUCCAGAGUCAGAGGACAAGUGAACAUGUGGUCACCAUAGUUGAAUGUCAAGAAGUGAGGAAGAAGCCAGUCAAGGCACACAAGACAAAGAAGCAGGCCCCAUCGAAGAAAGGCAAGGGGAAGGCAAAGGCACCUCCAAAGGUUCUGGUCAUCAACUCCAGUGAUGAGAUAUCCAAUGUAUCCAGUACCAAUAAGACCUUCCCAUCAGUGAUACUGUCUGACAAUGAUGAUCCGCCCCCUCUGAUGCCUCCCUCAGCUUCAUGGAGGACUGACUUUGCUGACGUUAUACCCAACAUCAGAUUGGGGAUGAAUACACACAGUGGUCUGAAUGAUGGCCCACUCCCUUCUCUGUUACCCAAGUGGGACACAUGGCACAGGACUGCAUUUGAGCAGGGAAACCCACAAGUAUUUCUGAAGCUUGUGACCUGGAUGCUCCUCAGAUUUCACCAGCUCACCAUGACAGACAUGAACACUGAUGUGAAUGAUGUUGUCAUUCCUCUCAAUCCAAGGACCAUUCCCUUUGAGAAUGAUGAUGACUUUCUUGAAGCACUUGGCAUGGAAUGCCUCUAUGCUGCCAUCAUUCACAUGGAGACAUGCCCUCAUUACCUCAGCCACCUCCUCCAGACACACUUUGGUAGACUUUGA